CAGGCCACGGAGCAGGCCUCCGUCGGGCUCGGAAUCUCGCGAGGUUCGGUGAAGAGACGGGGCUGAGGUUCUGAGGAAGAGGCCGGGUUUUUUUGUUUUCCUUUUUUGCGGCGCGGGCGGGGAAGGUUCGGUCGAGGGUUCCGCCGCGAGGCAACCGGGGAGAGGUGCCCAGCUUUGGGGUGGGCCUCCCUCAGCCAUGGAGCACAUCACGACGCCCAAGGUAGAAAAUGUCAAGUUACUAGAUCGUUACACCAACAGAAAGCCAGCAAAUGGAACACUGUACCUGACCGCAACACAUUUAAUCUACGUAGAUGCUUCGGCUGAAGUUCGAAAGGAAACAUGGAUUCUCCACCACCAUAUUGCUACUGUGGAGAAACUGCCUCUGACCGCAUCUGGCUGUCCACUGCUUAUUCACUGCAAGAAUUUCCGUGUUGCUCACUUUAUUAUUGGUCAUGAGCGGGACUGUCAUGAAGUCUACACUUCCCUGCUGAAACUUUCUCAACCAGUGAAACCGGAAGAGCUUUAUGCAUUCUCUUACAAUCCCAAAAUGCCCAAAGAGAACCGGGAGAUGGGCUGGAAGCUGAUAGAUGUCAAAGUAGACUACCAGCGCAUGGGGAUUCCAAAUGACUAUUGGGAAAUAACCGAUUUUAACAAAGACUAUGAGGUUUGCAGCACAUACUCUCCAGAUCUAGUGGUGCCUAAAGCAGCUACUAGGGCAACGGUGCUGGGGAGCUCAAAGUUUCGAAGCCGGGGUCGGAUACCAGCACUUUCCUACUUCUACAAAGAGAAUAAUGCUGCAAUAUGCCGUUGUAGUCAGCCCUUGUCUGGGUUAAGUGCUCGUUGCCCAGAGGAUGAACAGCUGCUGCAAGCACUUAGGGAAGCCAAUCCAGGAAGUCCCUUCAUGUAUGUUGUAGACACAAGGCCAAAGCUGAAUGCCAUGGCCAACCGAGCUGCUGGAAAGGGUUAUGAGAAUGUUGAUAACUACGACAACAUUCGUUUUAAAUUCAUCGGUAUCGAAAACAUCCAUGUUAUGAGGAGCAGCCUGCAGAAGCUACUGGAAGUGUGUGAAACGAAAUCUCCUUCAAUGAGUGAUUUCCUUACUGGCUUAGAGAACUCUGGCUGGUUACGGCACAUUAAAGCUGUAAUGGAUGCUGGUGUCUUUCUUGCUAAGGCAGUGAAAGAUGAAGGUGCUACUGUCCUAGUGCACUGCUCUGAUGGCUGGGAUCGCACUGCCCAGGUCUGCUCAGUGGCCAGCCUCCUCUUGGACCCCUUUUAUCGGACCUUUAAGGGAUUUAUGGUCCUGAUAGAAAAGGAAUGGAUUGCAAUGGGCCACAAGUUCUCACACAGGUGUGGCCAUCUAGAAGGGGACCCCAAGGAAGUGUCUCCUGUCUUCACCCAGUUCAUUGAAUGUACCUGGCAGCUCAUGCAACAGUUUCCUUGUGCAUUUGAUUUUAAUGAGCGGUGUCUUCUUGAAAUUCACGAUCACGUCUAUUCCUGCCAGUUCGGCAAUUUCCUGGGGACCUGUCACAAGGACCGGGAAGAUAUGAAAAUCCUUGAGAAGACUCAUUCCCUGUGGCCUUUCCUUCUCCAGAAGAAGCAGGAGUUCAGAAACCCUCUCUAUAAGGGAUUUGCAGCUUACAAGGAACUCCGGCCGAACACACUGCCAUUUAGUUUCCAGUUCUGGUGUGGCAUGUAUAACCGCUUUGACAAAGGAAUGCACCCAAAACAGUGUGUAUUGGAUCAUCUCCUUGGCUGCAUCAGCCAGAAAGUGGAGCUGGAGGGUGUUGCUACUGACUUGGAAAAUAAGUUGCCUCCCUUAGAGGGACCACUGCCAGAUGAGGUUUCCAUCUUAUCCAAAAUGGUUACUGCAUCAACUGUCUGUUCCAAGUCCCCAAUGCUCAACACACCCCAGGACUAUGAGGAUGAGCCUCCUGCCCUGUUGGCUAAUGGCAUCCUGGCAAGGGAGGAGGGAGAUGAACCUGAUCAGCAGCUGAAGAGCCAAGAGGGUCUUGUUAAUCCCCGCGACAUUCCAGGUGGUGACAGCAGCAGCAGCAGUAGCAUCCGUGGGACCAUCCAGCCUGAGGCUCGAGCAAGAAAUCUCCAUUGAACUGAUCUUUGCAUCUGCCUUGAGCCAUAGAAAAUUGGCAAUAAAGCAUGCAAGACCUGUGGCCCGGUGCUGGGAGAGCCACCUCACUCACGUAUGGCUAAGUGUUGUGUUAUGUAUUUUGGAAGCAAGGGAGGAGGCUGGUGUUCAAAGGCUUUCAAGAGCAACCCAUGGGUUUGCAUGGGGCUGGCUUUUGGGCUGCCACAAAUAGUUUCUGGGCAUAUCUUCCAGAACAGCCACAUGUUCCUUUUUCUGGUGCAAGUACACAUGGCUUCUGAGGCAGGUAGCCCUUUCCAAGAUGAGGAAGUUUUUUAAAGCCACAAGGUUUCAGAUACAUGGAUUCAAAAGCAUUGUGAGCUACUAGCGAAUGGAAGAAAAUGCCAGUCCAUAUUAGAGAGGCUUUCCUUGGCUGGCUUCUGACACCUUGCAUGGGAAUUCUAUUCAGUGGCAACAUUGGGUUAAUAUUUGCUGGCCCCUGCACAUAUUUUUGUAAGCAGUUGUGCCUUUUUUGUUCUUUUUUCUUUUUUUAACUAGAGAUUACGGUUGUGUCCAGCCAUUAGCAAUGUGAUGUUUUAUUACUGUGAUAUGUGGCUGUAAUGUGCAAGUAUGUGAUCUUUUUUAUUGAUACCUUUUUUAAAACACAAAACAACCUGUUUUGAACCUGUCUUGCUGAUAGUUUAUAUCUUUAUCAAUGUUAAUGAGCUUGAAUAAUAUUGUGGCAUGUAGAUGAAGUGGCGAUAGACUAUGGUCAAAGGUCUUAAAGCAUCUAAAGUCUUGGCUGCUCAGUGACAUGCCAUUUAGCUUACACUCAUUCCUGGAGGUCUAGUCCAAGCACUGUCUGGGUUACUGUGCAUCUUUGCUGGUAUAGGAGUGGGUGCACAGACUCUCCACUCCACCCCACCUACAGUGUUACAUGUGCACAGAAACCCAGUUACAUAAGACAACACAUUCUCAAUCUUCCUGGCUUUCAGGAUAAUGAAUCACAUGAAUUCAUUAACCUUGUGGAACACCUGGUUCAUGCAUGGAAGGAAGGAGGGCAGCACACCUAUUAUUCUACCAUGGGAAGCCUCUUGUCAGCUUCCUAAAUAUCUGAGCUGGACCAAAGUGUGAUUACCGUGACAUAUUUGAGACAAAAUGGGACCAAGGUUUCCCAUUUCAUCUCUUAGGAAUUGCCUUGUGUGAUUUGCUAUUGACCUCCCAGAGUGAAGGAUUUGGAAAUAAAAUGUAUGAGUUUGUAGUGCU